CCGAGGUUAUGAGCCGCCCGAAGCCGCGUCGGUGCGUCGCUGUCCAGGGUCCUGAGUGAGACGGAGCCAUCGGGCGACCACGGAGCCUGCCAUAACCCGGUGAGCACCUUCCCCGUUUCCUCUCCUGUGGUAUCUGGGGCAACUGCAUGAAGUAUUUCGCUCUGAAAAUACACAACGUCUUGCCUGUGUCUGCAGUCCUUUUGCAGCAACGUUGGAUCUCAGUUUUGUAACACUGACAGUAUAGCAGCUAUGAGAGAGGAGGAGAUGAGCUGGAGAGACCUCAGUGAGUUAAAAAAGCUCAGGAGCCAUGGAGUUGAGGGUGGGGAACAAGUACCGCCUUGGGAGGAAGAUAGGGAGCGGAUCCUUUGGAGAUAUUUACCUCGGUUCUAACAUCGCUACAGGAGAGGAAGUAGCCAUCAAACUGGAAUGUGUGAAAACCAAACAUCCACAGCUUCACAUCGAGAGCAAAUUUUACAAGAUGAUGCAGGGCGGAGUGGGGAUCCCGUCUAUCAAGUGGUGCGGAGCGGAAGGCGACUACAACGUUAUGGUCAUGGAGCUGCUGGGCCCCAGUCUGGAGGACCUGUUCAACUUCUGCUCCCGCAAGUUCAGUCUGAAAACUGUCCUGCUGCUGGCCGACCAGAUGAUCAGUAGGAUUGAAUACAUUCACUCCAAGAACUUCAUCCACAGAGACGUGAAGCCUGACAAUUUCCUGAUGGGGCUCGGCAAGAAGGGCAACCUGGUCUACAUUAUCGACUUCGGCCUGGCCAAAAAAUACCGUGACGCCCGAACGCACCAGCACAUCCCCUACCGUGAGAAUAAGAACCUCACCGGCACCGCCCGCUAUGCCUCCAUCAACACCCAUCUGGGCAUCGAGCAGUCGAGGCGAGACGACCUGGAGUCUCUGGGCUACGUACUCAUGUACUUCAACCUGGGCUCUCUGCCCUGGCAGGGCCUCAAGGCUGCCACCAAGAGGCAGAAGUAUGAACGCAUCAGUGAGAAGAAAAUGUCCACCCCCAUCGAGGUGCUCUGCAAGGGAUACCCCUCUGAGUUCUCCACUUACCUGAAUUUGUGUCGCUCCCUGCGGUUCGACGACAAGCCAGACUACUCAUACCUGAGGCAGCUCUUUAGGAACCUUUUCCACAGACAGGGCUUCUCCUACGACUACGUCUUUGACUGGAACAUGCUGAAGUUUGGGGCCAGCAGGACCGCAGAGGAUGGAGACAGAGAGAGGAGGGAGGGAAAGGAGCCGGAGGAGCGAGCAGGAGGAGGCCAAAGAGGAGCUGGGGGUCGAGCUCUGCCGCCUGGUCCGAACCCUUCAGCAGCCAACAGAGUCAGGAACGAAGCGGACGCUGCUCCCUCCAACCCGGCCUCACGUGGGGUCCAGCCGUCAGGUAACCGCUCUCCUCAGGCGGGGCGAGCAGAGCGAGCCGAGCGAGAGAGGAAGGUGGCCAUGAGGCUUCAUCGCGGGGCGCCCGCCAACGUCUCCUCCUCCGACCUGACUGCACGCCUUGACCAGUCACGCAUCACUGCGUCACAGGUCAGUGUGCCGUUUGAACAUCUGGCAAAGUGAGUUCCUCCUGGCUGGCCCGCAGGUCAGUGGCAGCAGCUGCAGGGUAUCAAAUACCCCUUACUUUUCAAAUGGAUGAAUGAAAACAUGAGUGAGUGGAGGAGAACAAGAGGAGCAGGAGGAAGCGUUUCUGACCCUUGAAGAGGGGAUGGAGGCCAUUCGUGUGUCUGUCAGUAUGCUGUGUGAACAGUGGUGACCGGGCAAGAGCCGAAGGAACACUGAGAUGAUAGAAACCAGCGGGACAAAACAAACUCUUGACUGGAACCAGACGGUACAGCU